GUAAAUUGAAAACUCAGACCUGGGUCUUUCUUAGCCUGGAUGGAAAAAAAAAAUCCUUAGGAAAUUACAAAAAAGAAAAGUGCAACUAGUCUGCCAUCCUAUGAGGAAGUUGUCACAGUAAGAAAUAUUAAAAUAAGAUGGGGUUGCUACUUCUAUAUAUGAUCAUUUUACUUUUGGACAUAUUUUAUUUUUCAUCAGGAAUAAUAUAUAAUAAAGGUGAUAUGGAGAAACACUUUGCUUGUCAUAGCCAAGGGUUCCCCCAAAAGACUGAAAUAAUCAAGCUGUAUCUUUCCUCAGAUGACUUGAAAGUCGAGUGUUUUUUCCGAUCUGAAAGUGAGCUUACUUCGAAGGAAUAUCUAGGUGUGUUCACAUCAGGAGGACUUGCUCCCAGCUUGGGAAUUAUGAAUAGUACAUAUACUGGCAUCUUCCACUUUAAUUUAACUCUGUUCAGUGAUCAAGUUUACUGGUUGAUCAAUAUUCCCAGAGAAAACAUUACAAAAAAUACAGAUAUUGCAGCUGUAGAAGAAUGGUUAGUAAGGAUCACUUUACAACACGGAUUAAAUAUUUAUACUACUGAAGGAACACUAUUGGAUAAUGUUCGAGAACCUAUUCUUCAGUGGGAUCUUGGGACGGUAAUGACAGAAAUUGAUAUCACGAGUGUGUAUCCAUAUGUGGUUGAUCUCAAAGUGGCAAAGUGUCCCUGCGCCAACGACGUGGCCCUACUUGGCUUCAUCCUGAAUGCAACAUAUAAUGGUAUUUACAUAGGCCUCAGUUUUUCUGGAUUUUGGAAUUACAAUGAUACCAUGUGGUAUAACCUGACAGAUACGAUCUAUUCCCAAGUUGGAGAAGAACACACAGAUCUUUCCGUGGUGGACAUGGUUCUAACAAAUCACUUUUUAGUUAUCCUCACCUCUCUGGGUCUUUUUGUAAGCGGAGAUCUCCGUUAUCCAUCGUCCUCUGUCUUAACGUUUUCAAGGGCAGACUUUUGCGGUUUUGAAAGGGUUGACUACAUCAAAGGAAAACUGUGGUAUAAUGAAAGAUGUUUUGCGAACAGAGAACACUUUGAAGUUGAUUAUGUUACUAUCACCUUUGAGAGAAACAGGACUCUAAGUGAGUCAAGCUCUUGUUUUUAUACCAAAGAACCAUUUACUCAAUGGUUACCUUGCUUACCUCAUAUUUUAAAAGGAAUGAAAUCUAUUCCUUCAAUUGUGGUAACGUUUCUUGUUGACCAAGAGCACAGUGCGGGAAUCUACCUCUUCUCCAACCAGAAAAUCACCACUGCCUCUGUGUCUGUACUAAAAGACAACAAACCAGGAUUAAAACCAAAAUUUCCACUUUUCAUUUUUCCUUCUUCAUUCUCUUCUCCUGUUGGAAUGGUAUUCCAUCCACGAAGCCAUUUUUUGUAUGCCUACGGUAACCAGAUAUGGCUUUCAAUCGACGGCGGCAACACUUUCGAAUUAUUAGCUGACUUUCAUGAUGAUAUCAUAAAGAAUACUUACCAUAGCUUUUAUACUUCAGACAUUACUUUUGUUUCCCAAAGUGGAAAUGUCUACCUGACAAAGGCAGGAUUAAGAAGAUACAGCAAAAUCGGAUCUGUCUCUGAUAAUAUCUUCACAUUAUACUAUGACCACAUGGGCUUUAUACAUAAACUGACUCCAGACCAUUUUGAAGCUGAUGGGUCCCUUAGAGCUUUUGGAAAUUCUAAAAGUAUCUUUGGACAGGCUCCUGAUAUGGGCUUUGAAGCUGCGCUUGCACCACAGUACAUCACCUUAAAAGAAAUGAUCUUUUAUGCAUAUGUGCCUGCAAAUGAGCCUCCAGAAAGUAUUUACGCCAAGAAAUUCAGCAACAUUCAUUUGGGGAAAAUGAUACACUCCAGGAAAACCGGAACAGCUUACAUAAGAAAGGUAUUACAACAUAACACUCCUGAAGGAUUUUUGUCUUCUGUCAUUGCGGAAGUGAUAGACCCUUUUGGAAUAGAAGAAGCGAAUACAAGCUCUUGCUUGUUUAGUUCCCUUUCUGUUAGUGAACUUGGAAAUGUCUCCUAUAAACUUACUCUUCAACCACAAAAUCCAGGCAUUAAUUCCUCAUUUCAAGAUCUGGAUAUAGAGAAGACUGUGGUGAUUCCUGGUUACAGCAGCUUCCUGAUCACAAACAUUUUAGAUGCUAAGAAUGCUUUGGCUAUUGCUACUAUGCCUGAAAGAAUACUCAGCAAUAUUACCUUCCAAAAAGACUCCUGGUUCUUAUAUAACCUGGGGCACAGGAAUGGACGAAUUUGGACUAUAUAUGCAAAACCAUGUAAUUAUUGGUUUCAACAUGAUGAUUCUCUAUCCCUCAAUGUCCUGAAAUACAUUGAUCUGGGGAAAUCUCAUACUUUAAAAGUUAAGGUCAUACCUAAUACAAAAGGUGUUCGAACACUUGAAAUACCGCUCCUGAAAGUCAUUGUUGGAAAUGCAAAUUUGUUGGAAGUCAAAGUUGAAGGUUCUUUUGACGACACUGAUAGUUACCUAAUGAAAAUUUCUGGGGCUAGCAAAGCUUUACGUCAAGGUUCAACCUCAUUGGGAUUAGUUGUUUGGGGAGCAUCUACCCAGUGCUCUGUCACAACCAUUGUGCCAACGUUGAAGAACAGCUGUAGUUAUCUCAAAUCUAUGCAUCACAUUCCUAGUAAAGUUAUCCCACUGGAAGACUGGAUUAGUGGCAUUCACAAAGACAGUCAGGGUUUCAAUAUGAUCAAGACUUUGCCGGUAAAUUACAGGCCUCCAUCUAAUAUGGGAAUUGCUAUUCCACUCACAGAUAAUUUUUACCAUGUGGAUCCUAGCAAACCUAUACCAAGAAAUCUAUUUCCUAAGUCAAAGAGAUCUGGUAAAUUCAAACAGUGCGCUAACAUGUCCACUCGGGAGGAGUGUAAUUGCACAAAUGAUCAGAAGUUUUCACAUGCUGUUGCUUUCUCAGAUUGCAGAGAAAAGGUUCCUCGAUUUAAGUUUCCAGUUACACAGUAUCCAGUGUCUUUGGAAAUUUACAGCGAGGAUGGACAUAUCCCAGUGGAAACUCCUUAUCUGGUGACCGUAACUGAAGUGAACAGGAGGGAAAACUGGAAACUAAAACACAGUGUACCAGAAAAUGUAAAAAAAUUGAAAAAUUACUUAGAAUCACGUCUUAAUGCUCCAGUAUAUAAUCCUUUAGGCCUCAACUUAAGUAUAAAGGGCUCUGAGCUUUUUCACUUUAGAGUGUCUGUUGUUCCAGGGGUUACUUUUUGUAACUUAGUUGAAGAAUUUCAGAUUUAUGUUGACGAAGUACCAUUGCCAUUUCCAGGACAUGCACUGAUCGCUGUUGCUGCGGCUGUAGUGCUGGGGGGAUUAAUUUUUAUGACAUUUAUAUUUCAAAUACGUAACAUCCAUCCAGCUGAUAUGUGCCAAAAAUUUAUGAGGAGACACAAAGUGAACAUAUCAAAUGCCACUGUCAGCUGGCUUAUAGAUGAAAAUUGAAUCAUGAACAAAUGAUAAUCACCAUUUUCUCUUGGUUUACUUGUUUUAUGAGACAGUUCCUCGAACACUAUAAUUAAAUGUUAAUAUGAAAACAAGAGAAGCUACUACAGGAUUACCAUUACAACUCAAAUUGCUAUCCUUCAAUAUGUGUACCAUUCUAUUUUCUUAUUCUAAAUAUGUGGAAAGUUUCUUAUGUUAACACUUA